AUGGGCAUAGUGGAGAAGGCGACGGAAUAUCAUCUGGGUCUGCUGAAGGCAAAAUUGGCGCGUUACCGCGCCCAAUUGCUUGAGCCUGCAACGAAAUCUGGCGGCGCCGGCACAGGCUUCGAUGUCCAGAAGUCUGGCGAUGCACGGGUUGCGCUCAUCGGGUUCCCUUCAGUCGGAAAGUCGACGCUAUUGAGUAAAUGCACACAUACCGUUUCCGAAACUGCCGCAUACGAGUUCACCACACUAACCGCGAUCCCGGGCGUGAUCGACUACCAAGGCGCUCGUAUCCAACUUCUUGACUUGCCUGGGAUUGUCGAGGGGGCCAGUCAAGGACGUGGACGAGGGCGACAAGUCGUUUCUACUGCCAAAACAGCUGAUCUGAUUCUGAUCAUGCUGGAUGCGACGAAGUCGGACGAGCAACGGAGAUUACUGGAAAUCGAAUUGGAUGCAGUCGGUAUACGGUUGAACAAGAAGAAGCCAGAUGUUGUCUUCAAGCGCAAGACCACUGGCGGCCUCAAUACAACAGUGAAACUCACCAAGACCGACGAGCGAACAAUCCGCAGUAUCCUCGCAAGCUACAAACUGCACAAUUGCGAAGUGAUGAUCCGUGAGGACAUUACAACGGACGAGUUCAUCGACGUAUUGAUAGGGACACGGAAAUACAUGCCCUGUUUAUAUGUCUAUAACAAGAUCGACGCCAUUAGUCUAGAGCAAAUGGACAAAUUGGCUCACGAUGAACACACCAUUGUGAUCAGCUGCGAGAUGGGUCUCAAUCUCGACCAUCUCAUCGAGCGAAUGUGGGACGAAUUGGGUCUUGUCAAAGUGUACACCAAAAAACGCGGCGCCCACCCAGACCUAACAGAUCCGAUCUGCCUACGGAGAGGAGCUAAUAUAGAGGCAAGACGUGUGCAACGGUAUUCACCGGUCAUUGGCAACGCAUUUCCGAUAUGGGCUCGUCUGGUACGUAAAUUGGAUUUCAGGGGAAAAUCAAGCAAAUUUUCACCACACGCGCAAAAGGUUGGAUUGAGCCAUAUGGUGCAAGAUGAGGACGUUGUAUCGAUUUUUACGAAGUAG